AAGCUAUUUUUAUGAAUAAAAUGCAAUAGCAGUAGCAUAUAUCAAAUAAGACAUAUUAAAGUAUAAAAGUAUUUUAUCAUUUAAUAAGUCUUUAGGAUUGUCAAAUAUUUCGAUUAAGAAGAAGAAUAAUUAUAUAAUUCAUACUAUCAUUAAAACUGCAAAUUACUUUUGAAAAUACGCCUAAUUUGAUUGAAUUUAGCCUAGAUAAUAAUACCAAGUUUUAAAGAUUAAUAAAGGAGCAACUCUUGUACACUAAAUUAAUAUGAAUAUAGAUUUUCAAUCAUUAAUGAAUUCUUAAAAUCUUAUUUAACUGUUUUAGUGCAGGUAAUGAGCAUUAUAGAUUUACUGGUACUUAUUUCAUCCUCAUGAAACUCCUUUGUCAGAUGAAUACUAUCAUUUAUAGUAGCAUAAACAAUUGACUCAUAAUUAGUAAAAAAGUUAACUAAAAUAUAUUGAAACAAAAAGAUAUUAUCAAAAUAAUUGUAAAUAAUCGAAGUUUACAUAUAUACCUCAUCAGCUUUUGGUAACUUUGAUUAUUU